GAAAGAGUGGAGUAACGAAAUGGAGGAGAGGUGUGUGUAGCCCUUUUUAAUGGUCUAUUGUUGAGACUAGCACACAUCUCAACAAGCCCAGUACUACCAGAGAAGCAAGAAAGAAGAAGAAGAAGAAGAAAAGAAGAAUGAGAUUAUAAAUACUCACUCACCAAAUACGCCUUCUCCUUCCUCUCUAACGGCUAUUUUUUUAUCUUCUUAAGGAAAGAGGAGACCUUCAACUGUAAGAAGAUUGACUUGACUCACUUCUCUUUCUUGGAUUCACCCAAUGGACUGCGAUAACGACAAAAGUGAGCAAUGGGGUUGGGAAAAGGAUAUUCAUUUCCAAAAGGAUCCAAAUUACGUCAUGUCUGAAGGCCUUUGGAAUGGAGUGGCUCAAAAUGGAGAAGAUAUUUCUUAUAUGUUUGAUGAGGAAGCAACCCCAGUUAAGGCCUGUAUGGAUUUGGAAUACCACGGUGACCACAACGAUAACUUGAACAAAGAAGUUGAAAAGGAGUCAUUUUCACAAAUGAAGAGGCGCCGGAUGCUACAAUUUACCAACGAAGACAUGGAUAAUUCCCUUCUCUGUGAUGAGAUUUCAUCGGUCUUCCUUAACUCAAAUGAAAUUGAUUCCCUCGAGGAGGCUCUACCCUCUGUUUCCGAUUGGAUGUCUGGAUUCACAGAAGAGACAUCUGCGUCUGCCUCUGGAUAUGAAACACUGGAUCAUUCGUCGGAUGAAUGGAUUACAGACUGCCUUAAUGAUAGUUCGAUGCAUUUGAGCUCCGAUACUUUGAAUACUUCUGGCACAUCUGAUUUUCAAAUUAAUGUCUCAGAGUUUUGUGAGACUGCACCAGAGUAUGAAAAUAACUUGCCUCAACAGCCUGUUUCUACUCCACAGAAGAUAGUUAUCAAAGGUAGAAAGUCUUUCAUCCGAACUCCAACUAAGCUGGCUACUUCAGUGGCAUACCCGUUUGCCUUCAUUAAACCCUCAGGUGCCCAUGGAGAUGUAACUCUGAAGGAUAUAAACCAGAGAAUCCGAACUCCACCACCUUUAAAGUCAAAGAAAACGUACGAAGAUCCAACCAUUCCUUACCCCACUUCAGCCUUUUCCGGUAAGCCUGUUGUUGGAAAGACUAAGAUUCGUACCGAAGGAGGAAGAGGUAGCAUCACAAUUAUGAGAACAAAAGGCUAAGCAGAGGUAGAUAAAUGUUCUUUAACUUUCUUUUUUGCGGCAACCUUUGCCUUACCCCUCCACUAAAAUUAUUGGGGUUGAGUUUUUAUUCCAGGGCAGUCAGGUAUAGGAGUUUUCUAGUGCAAUUUUUUGUUGGAGUUGGUUUUGCAAAUGCGUAAACGACCGACUCCGUUUAUGCAACUAAGUGAUGUAUUAGGUGUCUUAAGUAGCUGUUAUUAUUUUUUACAUGUUAUGACUCUUGAGUAAGUAUGAAUCUCUAUGCCUAGUAGAUCCUAUUUACUCUGUUUUGUAAAAAGAACAUUGAUACCGUGCGCGCUCUCCCGGCCGCGGCCGGGCCCUUAAUUCCUAAAUAUAAUCCUUAUGUAUUGGAGUUAUUAUAUGUAUAUGAAAAGUUGUACUUGAGAGAUGAGAUGGAAGAAAAUGCAACAUAGACAUGAGUUAAUUGUUUA